CUUAAUCAACAUGUCUCCUACUAGCGACCAUGGGUUGCCUUGCUGACCGUAUCUCAGUAACAGCUCGUCUCAUGGUCAUCAUGACCCAAAAUGACUCCUCUGAAUACUAUAUAGAAUGACCUUCGACCCUUGUCUUUUCUUCAAGUUCUGUGAACUCGACAAAUUCUUACACAACCUCGCUCUGGUAGCUUUUACUCCAUAUACACACUUCAAUACUUCUUCACCUGUUCAACUUCCACAUCAACAAUCUCUCAAUAACUCACAAUGCGUGUCGUUACCAUCCUCGCUACUCUUUUCGCCCUCGUCCCUGCUGCUAUGGCUUUGGCUCAUGGAGAAGUUCCUGUUCAUGUUGCUGUCCGAAGUGACGGCAAAGGCGGUAUCAAACACUUCUACAAGAAAGACGAAGAGGAAUUCUUCAGGAAAAGAGCUAUGGAGAAGAAACGUCGAGACCGUAUCGAUGAACGAGCAGCUGCGGCUGAACCCGAUUCUGCUUUGUAUAGCGAUCCCGACUGGACUAGCAACCCUUUGUUGAGCGACAGCAUCCCCGUCCAGAGCACCGAAGGUGGUAUCGCUUCCUACUCAGAUUCAUGAUCUGCCAGUAUGAAUCGGGCCGAAGAGGUCAAUGCUCGGCAAUCAUAUGAUCGUCCAUGUCCACAAGACGAUGGAUGAUUCGAAGAUCGAAGGGUUUGCUUCAUUGUAGGGCGGUGGUGUCGGGAUGAGUGUAGCGCAUGUAGCGAGUGGGAGCUUUACAUGCAUACAGUUUUGUG